AUGGGUUAUAUGGGUGAGAAUUUCCGACCUGCUCCCGCAAAUACGGUCGGCCAGUACGAGUAUAUGAAGUACACGAUCUCUCACCCCGACCAAUGGUGCAUCCUUUAUACGGCCAAACGAUAUUGCAGAAAGCUUGAGAGACUGUACAGAAGAACUUUGUCAAGUGUGCACCGUGAAAGUUGGGUUGGUUCAUUGAAAGCAAAACAUAAAUUAUAUUCAGAUAAAAGCACUGGGUAUUGGAACAAUUUGAUCAGAACUCUUAGCAGCCAGAGAGACAAGUGGCGACUUUUAAGAUUGGGUUUCGUAGAGGUCGAUGGUCGCCAAUGUUCUGAAAAGAUAAGGCACGAGAAGGAAAGAAUUAAAUCAGAAAAUCAACAAAAUUAA